AUGGCUAACGUUCUGAACAAUGUCGAGCGAAGCAGGAACUUCAAGGCUAAACACUUGUGCAACCACCUCUGCUCGUCGUCGUCUGCUCUUCUAACUUGUGAUCCUACAGACCUUCAAAGUGUGGGCAAAUCAUCUUCCGUUAGCUGGCAGGAGUCGUUGUCGGGUCCGAAACACGCCCCAGUCUGGACUUGUGUUUGUAAAAGUAAUAUCUUUCUCUAUAACUUUCUGUGUGCAACACGAUGGCUGAUGAGACACAGUUGA